AUGGCGUAUCUACUAGAUCAUAUGCAAAUGGUAUCCCUCCGGGGAAAAGAGUACGUAUUCAACCUUGAAGGUGGAAUGCCGGACUGGCGUGAGGAACCCUCCCGGCAAUUGUACAUGGAUUCAUUCAUCCUUUUCGCGCUGCCGGUCGAUUCCGACACCGUGGGAACAUACCGACUCAAAGGGAUGAAAACAGUGCUCGAGCACUUGACCAGGAAUAGAUACCAAUGGUUGCAUUCCGGCAUGUUCAGCCUCAAGGUUGACCAUGUAAUGUGGACUGACAUCUUCAGCGCAUAUAUGCCAGGCCAGCCAAAACCCAAGUUCCCUUGGAAGGUGCCGGAGCUCUCUUCCCUAACGGGUUUACCCUCCUUCGUCUAUAAGGCAUGGAGGACUGGGAUGGGCCUAACCUGCGGUUACCCAUCACUCAAGGAUGAGACGUCGACAGAACUGGCGCUAUCAAACGUCUCCAGGAUGUCAACCGAAGAGCGGGUACGCAGUUUCUUGGAAUAUGAGCGGCUGGAGCAGUGGUGUACAACCCGAGGGGUUAUGCCAGUCAAGCAGAAGCAGACGCAACUUGUGGAAAGCGAAGAAGGAGCACAGUGGCCUCCCGAGCUGGGCCACUGGUCAGCGGCCCAAGAAGGAGAGACAGUGCAGGCAGCCGUGGCGAAAUCGCCAAUGCCGCCGAAAGAAACACCCCUCUUGAGUGGCUGCAUGGGACCCGAUAAUUUGGAGGAGUUAGUGACCUUGAAAGGUGAGGUUGACGCAUUGGUUGACGUGUUAAGGCAUAUUGCCCACGUCCGAGCUAAGCAAAGCGGCCCUGCAGCAGAGAUCCUUGUUGCACUCACGAGGAUGCAUAAGAAAAACCCCAUCCUAAGGUACAUGCAAGGGGAACCAGCAGCAGCACCACCAAGAGAAGAAGUUGAGCGGGAUCUGCAUUUGGGAUCUGGGCUCUCCCGCAAGACGGUUCUGGAUCUUUUACAGUGCGAGACCAUGAUGUCAACAAUCUGGACAUUCCCAGACUUCCACCUACUAGCCGGUCCGGUCUCAAUGCGCGCAAGCCGCAAGGGGGGUUUCCUUGUAGACGAGGGGGAAGAAUCAUCGACCAUGUUAACCAAUCGCGCCUUUCUCGAAUGGGAGGGGUCUGGAUCGUUGGAGGCGAUCAUUAACGCCUUGGUAACACCUACCCCCGAUACGCAUGGAAGAUGCAGGCCAUAUCUGUCAGCCCGCCCUGACAUCAUACAGGUGACUGUUGGAAGUGUCAAGGCGGAUGUGAGACCUCCAAGAGAGCUUGAUGUGUGGAUCGGCUGCUUCAGGGCACCAGGAGUCUACAGCCACCAACACUACACACAACAUUACCUACUUGUUGGCGUGGUUUCCAUCAGCUGCGAGGGUAGGCACACAAGUUCGUUCUGUGACCCGAUUGGAUAUGGCAAUGACAGGGGCUGGGCCCCAGGGCAGAAAGACCUGUCGACCAUCAUUAUUAGCAAGGAAACUUCGGGCCUGCUCAUGUACGCCGCGUCAGCGCCGUGGAUUACAAAAGACUCUGUAGCCCAGAGAGAUCAGCCAUUGCCGCCAAAACCGCUAGAGCUUUAUGCCAUGCUCGCCGAAUUCGAGCCGUACCGCAAUGGAACAGCCCUGCUCGGUGAAUUCGAGCCGUUCCCUGAUAAAAGAACCGCCGCCACACAACCAGACUAUCAUGCUACGCAACACCAAGGCAACAGCGCAGCUGUCUAUACGCGCGGGGAACAGGUUGGCAGGCUGAACGAUGGGCGAAAGGCACCACACGGUGAGGUUAGCUAG